UUCUCUGGAAAGGCCCAAACAGUCCAACCAAAACUUUGCCGACAACUUUAACACUCCGUUUACUCGGUUUUCUCAUUUUCUACAUCCCCGUUAACAGUUAACGGAUCCCGUUUGCAGUAUAUGGAUCCAACUCCGAUAGACAAGUCCGCCCCAAUUUUCGUCGCCGGCCACCGUGGCCUUGUGGGCUCAGCCGUGGUCCGCAAGCUCCAGUCUCUGGGAUACGCCAAUAUCCUCCUCCGCACCCACUCAGAGCUCGACCUCACCAUCCAAUCCGCCGUUGACGACUUCUUCGGCGCCCACAAGCCCUACUACGUCAUCCUUGCCGCCGCCAAGGUCGGCGGAAUCCAUGCCAAUAAUACCUACCCCGCCGAUUUCAUCACCAUUAAUCUCCAAAUCCAGACCAAUAUAAUUACCUCUGCAUUUAAGCAUAAUACUAAAAAGCUCCUCUUCCUCGGCUCAUCCUGCAUUUACCCCAAAUUCGCCCCUCAACCCAUCUCCGAGAAUUCGCUCUUGACCGGCCCGUUAGAGCCGACCAACGAAUGGUACGCGAUCGCCAAAAUUUCUGGGAUAAAAAUGUGCCAGGCAUUUCGUCUUCAACAUUCAUUUGAUGCGAUUUCAGCAAUGCCGACGAAUUUGUACGGCCCCAACGACAACUUUCACCCCGAGAACUCCCAUGUUUUACCCGCUUUACUACGCAGGUUUCACGAAGCUAAAGUGAACAAUGUAGCGGAAGUGGUGGUGUGGGGGAGCGGGAAGCCAUUGCGCGAGUUUCUACAUGUGGAUGAUUUGGCGGAUGCUGUGGUGUUUUUGAUGGAGAACUAUAGCGGGUUGGAGCAUGUGAAUGUGGGGAGUGGGAAGGAGGUGAGCAUAAAAGAGCUUGCGGAAUUGGUGAAGGAUGUGGUGGAUUAUAAAGGGGAGAUAGUUUGGGACUCGAGUAAGCCAGAUGGCACGCCGAGGAAGCUCAUGGAUAGCUCAAAGCUUGCCGCAAUAGGUUGGAAGGCCAAUGUCUCUCUUAAGGAAGGACUCAAAGAUACCUAUAAAUGGUACUUGGAAAAUGUUGUCAACCAGCAAUAGUGCAGGAAUCAUAAUGAGACAUGGCAUUGGUUAUUCUCUAAACCUCACUUCAGCGGGAUUUAUGUUAUGUGAUUUCGGUUGAUGUAAUCAAACGUGCAAGUUCUUAAGGAUUAUUUUAGGCACAGGCAAUGAUUGUAAACUAUGACUUUAAAUAUCUCUUUGUAGCUAAGCUUAAUUUGUAUAGGGCAUUUGGGUUUUUUGCCUUUUGUUACUAACAUUUUCUUCUGUAAUCCGAAAAUAUAACCAUCCUUAUUGCACUGUUAGCAGUGCUAAUUGCUGAUGGUUCAUGGUGUUGCUCAACCAAAGUUUCCAUAUUUUUUGUUUAACCAAAAGAAUUUAA